UUUAAAAUAUAUUUAAUAUAUUUAUACAAAUUCUUCAAAUUUUUCAAACCUGCUGGCAACGCCGCUACCUUACCGAUACAACUAUCGAUAGCCGCCUGUCAGUUUUGACAGCUGUUUUAAGGUUAUACUGCGCUGCCGUUGCAAUCGCUCCACCAAUUUGUUCACGGUCGGACAAUUACAUAACUUGAAGAAGAAACCAUGUCGCAGGCUCCCGUUCGCGUUUCCCCGCUGAUCAAGUUCGGCAGAUGGUCGCUGCUCCUGGUGGGCAUUGCCUAUGGUGCCGCCCACCAGAGCCGCCUGUCCAAGAAGGAGGAGAAGGUUCGCGAGAUCGAGGGACAGCAGAAGGCCGUCCGGGAUGCGAAGCUCGCCGAGGAGAAGAAGCGCAGCGCGGAGGCUGAGGCCCGUGCUUUGGCCGAGCUGUCGAAACCCACUCCCAAGCACUAGGAUCCUUCAGGAUGCAACAUCCGUAGUUCCCUUAGCUUAAACACAGAAAAACCACAACAUUUACACAAGAAGUUCGCCUAAAAGGAAGAUCAGGAGGAGGAUCAUCGAUAGUGGAGCCACCAUCUAUCGAUCACUGACUAUCGUUCUUGUGCUUUCCUCUAAUGCAUUGUGCAAAAAACAGAAUGUUCGAAAUUAAAUGAUUGAAACAAAA